AUGGACCUGCAAACAUUGGGGUCAUCAAACGCCGCUUUCGGUGUCGACUUGUACAAGAAACUUUCAUCAGAGAACCCUGGCGAGAAUCUUUUCUUCUCCCCAAUCAGCUUACUUUUUGCUCUCGCCAUAACGUUACUCGGAGCCAAAGAAAAAACUGAAGCUCAAAUAAAAUCAGUUUUGAAUUUGGAACACAUUCCAAAUGGACAGUUACACCAAGGUUUUGCUGACUUGAUGAAUCAUUUUCAAACUCCAAACGGAAAGUGGGAACUGAACAUUGCCAACAAGCUGUACGGAGAGCAAACUGCCAAAUUUUUAUCAGAAUUCGUCGAAGACAGCAAGAAAUUUUACGGAGCUGGAUUGGAACCCGUCGAUUUCGUUGGCAGUUCAGAUAAAGUAACCUCACUGAUCAACGAGUGGGUGGAAAGGCAAACGAAAAACAAAAUAAAAAAUUUGAUUCCUCGCAACGUUUUGAACGCAUUGACAAGACUUGUCGUCGUCAACGCAAUUUACUACAAAGGUGCCUGGAAAAAUCAAUUCAGAAAAGGUAACACAAAAGUUGGAAGUUUCAUGACUGCUUCCAAAACAUUAUCAGAUGUUCCAUUCAUGUAUCUGAACCGACUGUCAACCGGCUACUUCUAUUCCGAAGACUUGAACAGUCAGGUCUUGGAGCUCCCAUAUGAAGGAAAUUCACAAAGCUUCGUUGUUAUUUUACCCGAUUUACAAAAAACUAGUUUGGAGGUCGUUGAACAAAGGCUAAGUAAGGAAGUUUUUACUACUAUUGAAGAAAGUCUGUUCAGAGAAACUGUAAAUGUUUGGUUACCGAAAUUUAAAAUUGAAAAGGAAUCAAACGUAAAGGAAAGUCUGAAACGUAUGGGUAUAACUGAUUUGUUUUCAAUGAAAGCUGCUGACUUGUCUGGAAUGAAUGGAGAGAAAGAUUUGUACGUGUCUCACUUGCUGCACAAAGCUUUCAUCAGUGUUGAUGAGGAAGGUUCCGAGGCAGCCGCUGCAACUGCUGUUGUCAUUACCUUGAAAAGUGCUCCCAUAUUCAGACAGCCUGUUGACUUCAAAGCCGAUCAUCCGUUCGUAUUUUACAUCAAGGACAACAAAUCUGGAUCAAUUUUGUUUUUGGGGAAAGUAUCGAAGUUGUAA